AUGGGCAGCGUGUCCGGAGGUGCUCGGUCCCCUGCCACCGAGCCAGAAACGGGCAGCACAGCUAAUGGCACCUCCCUGGCUCACCCCGCAGUGGGACCUGCACCAGCCACUCGCCGGGGUGUCCGGACAGCGCUGGACCCCGGCCGGAGCCGGGCAGCGGAGGGGACCCGCACGGACACUCAAAAAGCGCUUCUACAGAGGGGGCUGCCGUGGUGCCUUGCAGAGCUGGAGGCGGAGGAGUGGUACAAGACGCUGUCGGUGGAGUGCCUGGGCGCCCGCCUGAACGACAUCAGCCUGGGGGAGCCCGACCUGCUGGCGCCCGGUGUGCAGUGCGAGCAGACGGACCGGUUCAACGUGUUCCUCCUCCCCUGCCCCAACCUGGACGUUUAUGGCGAGUGUAAGCUGCAGAUCACCCACGAAAACAUCUACCUCUGGGACACGCACAACCCGCGGGUGAAGCUGGUCUCCUGGCCCCUCUGCUCCCUGCGCCGCUACGGCCGCGACGCCACCCGCUUCACCUUCGAGGCCGGACGGAUGUGUGAUGCAGGAGAAGGUCUCUACACCUUCCAGACGCAGGAGGGUGAGCAGAUCUACCAGCGCGUGCACAGCGCCACAUUGGCCAUUGCUGAGCAGCACAAGAAGGUCCUGCUGGAGAUGGAGAAGAACGUCAGGCUGCUGAACAAGGGCACUGAGCACUUCUCCUACCCCUGCACCCCCACGACCAUGCUGCCCCGCAGCGCCUACUGGCACCACAUCACUGGCUCCCAGAACAUGGCCGAGUCCUCCAGCUAUGCUGGGGAGGCGUAUGCAGGCGCCCAGGCCAGCUCGGACACCGACCUCCUCAACAGGUUCAUCUUGCUGAAGCCAAAGUCCUCCAAAAGCGACAAGCCUGAAAGCAGGGAGCCCACAUCAUCCCCGUGAGCUGGUGUGGAGGGACUGUGGCAGGGGUCCCCUUUUUCUUCUCCAAGGGAUGGCAAGGACACAGGCAGUCACCCCUCAGAAUCUCCAGGAGACUGAGCUGGGGCACCUCAGUGCUGAGACCUUAGGAAGCAGGCACUGGCUCACGCCCUGGUCUGGCGUUAGUGGAGGCAAUGGCUGGCUCAGCCUCAACUGACUUCAAAUAUAUAUAGAAUAUCUGUAUUGUAAGAGAUAUUUCCUUCUCACAUGAAUGCAAAUGUGGUGGCUGCUGAAGAGCCCUUGGGCAGAUGCUCAGAGGUUUUUGACUCUCGGGGAUCCAACUGGGAAGUGAAGAGAGGUGGAGGGGGGUCAAGAAAUUUGGAGUUUUCUGCAUGGCAGGAAGGCUGGAGCAUCACUCUGCCAUGGCCAUGGAGCAGCAUCGGAGGAUGCAGCUGUGCCAGGCUGAUAGUGCAGGGUCCCACCCCUCCAUGAAGAGCUGGGUGCUCCUGAGGACACCCUGCUCACAUCUCUGAGCUGAUUUUUGCACUUCUUCAAGCUAUUUAAACACUCGCUGUAGAAUUGAGAUGUCUCAGGAGAAACUGGUUUUCCUUCCAGGGGGUUGGCUGGGGUGAGCGGCUGGACAGAGCCAAGCUCCCUGGCUUCUCCCACCCCAACACCCCUCACUCCUCCCACAGCUGUGUCCCCCUGCCAUGCCCCCGGUUUAUCUGCUGGUGGGCAACCACGGGACUGGUUUUGGCCAGUAGCAUCUGUCUCUCAAGGGGCAGCUUUGUGAAUAGGAGAAGCCCCAGGGCAGAGAAACCCAUGCUGAUGGGGAGAGAGCCACAUUCCUCUGUGCAUUCCCAUAGCCCUCACUCCCUCCUCACCCACUGGAGGUGGAACUGGGCUUUAUGUGCUGAACUUAAAAGCAAUUGAUUUUUUCUAGUUCUCCUAUUUAUUGACCUCCUUUAGAAGGGCUAUCUUUUUAUUGCUGUGCAAACCUUGGUGUUUCUUUGGAGUCUUCUUUCUGUCUGGAUUGGAUGCUUGAUGGUUUUAUUUCUGCCCUUUAAAGCUCCGGGUCCAUGUGUUGGGCACAGGGAGUGUUGUGAUGUGGGAAUCUGUGGUCUGUAAAUACUGUGUUUCAGGGUGGUGUAGCUUGUGGCUGAAGGGACAUGGGGACAGAGAAAGGCUGCUCCUCAUAGCGUGACUGGGCACAGAGGGGCUCUGGACCCUAGCACUGCCCAGCAGUGUGUCCUCCCUGGGGUGAGAGGUGGAACCUGCUCUCUUUUCCUGGCUACACACCUCAUCCGGAAAAGAUUUAACAUUUGUUACCAAAAAUGUUUGGGUUUUCUCUUUUUUUAAGGAGUUGCUCAAUGAAUAAACAACCCUUAUCCACAUCCA